AUGGCCGACGACAAUGGUGAAUCGCUUAAAGAUGUUCUCAAAGAUCUAGGAGAAAAUACAUCAGUUCAUGGUAUUCCAAAAAUACUGACUUCCAAAAACAGGUUGCUGAAGGUAUUUUGGUUGGUUGUGUUCUUGGGAACUUCGGCCUAUCUAUGUCUCCAAAUGUAUGCACUGUUCGAGGAUUACUACUCAUACCCUAUAGAAACUACGGUCUCCCUCAAGUUCAAUGCCAUUCAGUAUCCAGCUGUGUCAUUCUGUAAUAUGAACCCUCUGAAGAAAUCCAUGCUGCCCGAAACUCCACAAAAAUUGCAGGAUUCCCUGAAACCAGAACAGGUACGUUGA